CCUCGCCAUUGGCCGCGGGGCCGGGCCGCUCUGUGCCGCCCCUCGCCAUUGGCCGCGGCGCGGCCGGCGCCGUACGCGCGGUGGGCAUUGGCGGCGGCGGCAUGGAGGGCACGGGCGGCUCCUGGCGGCCGCCGCGCUCGUGCGAGGACUACUGGGCGGAGUGGAAGCACUGCCGCGGGCUGCGGCACGCCUUCCACCACUACUACGCGCACGGGGCGCUGCCCGCCUGCGGCCGCUGGCGGGAGGACUACGAGGCGUGCCGCGCCUGGGAGCGGGAGCGCAGCGCCGCCGCGCAGGAAGCUUUGUGCAAGAGUGAAAGAGCUCGAGUUAUGGAAAAACAGAAAUAUGCUCCAGUGUGGAAGCUCAGGAAGAGCCCACCACCUGACUGGUAUCUACCACUUGACCACGACAAAUCAAAUUAACAAGACUGUUUUCUGUGUUUGGUCGGUGCCAUAAUACACAAUUCAGAAUUAUGCUUUUUUUUUCCCUUUCCACAUCAUCUUGAAGUUAUUCAGCUGUAGCUCUGCCCUACAAUACUUUAGCACUCGCUCAAAAAUUCUGAAAUUUUAUUUAAAUAAUGAACAUUUUUAAAGGGAGAUAUGAGGUGAUUAAUUUGGUUGUGGUCUUUUACUGUUGACUUACAUUUCAGGAUUUCAUUUCAGCAGGCACCUUCCAAAUUAUUGCAUGCAUGCUCUUGCUCUGAGGGCCUCUUGCCCCAGCAGCUGGCAUUGAGCACUUCUGGAACAAGGUGCCCACCCCAGGCCUGCCAAAUGGGGAGAAAGAACCAGGCUGGCACUCUUCCUUUCUGGCUCAGGACAAUCCCAAACAAUGGCAUUUAAAGGACUUUUCCCAGAACCAGGGCUGUGGUGCUUGAAGAGCUCCUCACCUGUGGGCUGCACGCCCUGGAACUGCCCCUCUGUGGAGCUGCUCUCCACUGGUGGUGUGUGCUGUGGGGGUUCAACACAACUGAAAAAUAAAGGUUUAAACGAAUGUAGA